AUGGUUGACAAAAUUUUAAAGAAUCAAGAUCCAGUCUUAGAAAACAUCCUAACGGAACAUGAGGUUCCAGCUCCCAAGGAAAUCCCUGUUGAUGAAGUGAAAUUACAAAGGGUCGCAAGACCUUUAAGACAUGUGAAACAUAUCCCAGUGAAGGCAUUAACAUUCCAUUCGAAAACUGGACCCAUGGAAUUCUCCUAUGAAAAGAAAAUUAAAAUACCCAUCCCUAAGGAUAAAUUAGUCGUGCAAGUCAAUUAUGUUGGUUUAAAUCCAAUUGAUAUGAAAAUUAGAAAUGGAUAUACUUCUGCAAUUUAUGGAGAGGUCGGUAUCGGGAGAGAAUACAGUGGUACUGUGACUGAAGUCGGUUCCAAGAUUCAACAUGCUUAUCAUGUUGGGGAUGAGGUCUUUGGUAUUUAUUAUCAUCCACAUUUAGCUGUGGGUUCUUUACAAAGUGCCAUAUUGGUGGAUCCAAGUGUAGAUCCUAUCUUGUUGAGACCUGUCAAUUUGAAACCUGAAGCUGCUGCUGGGUCUCUUUAUUGUUUGGGAGCAGCUUUUAAUUUAUUAGAUAAAAUUGAAAAAGCUGGAUAUUUGAAAACAGAUUCAAAUGUUUUAAUUAAUGGUGGGACCACUUCAGUGGGGAUGUUUGUUUUACAAUUACUAAAGCAUUAUUAUAAUUUACAAAAGAAAAUUGUCAUUGUCACGUCAGGUACUGGACCAAAUGUUCUUAAGGAUCAUUUUACAGAUAUUGGUGAUGAUUUCAUAUUUAUAGAUUAUUUGGGUUGUCGCGGUAAGGCAAGUAGACCAAUUCGGAAAAUGUUUGAAAAGGGUGAAAUCACCAAUUAUGACCCAGUGACAAAUGCAGAAUUUACUGUUAAGUAUGAUCAAGGGAAAUUUAAUGUAGUGUUAGAUUUUAUUGGUGGUUAUGAUAUAUUGGGACAUUCUAGUGAUUUAAUUCAUUCAGGUGGUGUAUAUUUGACCACAGUUGGUGAUUAUGUUGGGAAUUAUUCAGAAGACGUCUUUAAUUCUUGGGAUAAUCCAAGUGCCAAUGCAAGGAAAAUGUUUGGUACAAUGUUAUGGAAGUACAAUUACAUCCAUUUCUACUUUGAUACAAAUGCGAAAAAUGCAAAGAAAAAUGACUGGUUACAAAAAUGUGGUGAACUUCUUGCAAAUGAUGAAGUGAAAUGUGUUGUCGAUAAGGUAUACGAUUGGAAAGAUCACAAGGAAGCAUUUUCCUAUAUGGCAACGCAAAGAGCUCAAGGUAAAUUGAUUUUGAAAGUUGAAAAAUUCUAA